UUCAUUCUUCUUUUUUGCUAGAAAUGGAGCGCUAACUGAAUCCGAUGAGGUGCUGCCAAACAAAGCAUUGAGAAGUGAGCACACAUUCUGCAUUGAGCAAAGGACUGAGAAGAUUUUCCUCUUUCACUUACUAGAGUUUCCUGCUGUGAAGUAAUAUGUGUUGAAGAUUUUAUUCCCCUAUCCAUCUACCUCAUUUUACACAGUUUUCUCAGACAUGGCAGGGGAGCUCUCUUUAUUAUUUCUUUUGUUGCUCUGUGGGAGAACAAUUUCUGAAGUGCAGCCUUUACACCAACCGCCUUCUGAUGCUCUGGAUUUUGGGUUUGUUCCCUCAAAGACAUAUGAUACCAGCGCAUACCACGAACCUGGAGCAAUAGGAAUUUUGUUCCGAAUUGUCCAUGCUUUUCUCUAUUUAGUGCAACCAAACUAUUUCCCUCAAGAUCUUAUUAAAAAACUGGCACAGCAAUCAUUUGGAAGUAAGCCGGGUGAUUACCAAAAGCCAGAAAAUGUUGUCCUGACUUUGCAGGCCGUUUACUAUGAAAUUGGUUUUAUAGUCUGUGCUGCUGUGGGGAUACUGUUUGUUCUGUUGCUGCCUCUAGUGGGGCUCUGCUUCUGCAUGUGCCGCUGCUGUGACAACUGUGGUGGGGAAAUGCACCAGAGACAGAAGAAAAAUGCGGACUGCCAGAGGGGCUGCUUUGCUACCGUUCUUUUUGUUGCUACUUUAUUAAUCAGCGUUGGUGUGCUUUUUGCCUAUGUUGCUAACCAACACCUCACAAGUCAAGUCCGAGGAGCAAAGAAAUUGGUGAACAGUAAUUUCAAAGACCUGAAGACUUUCCUAAAUGAUACUCCUGCGCAAAUUGAUUAUUUGGUGAGUCAGUAUAACACUACCAAGAAGAAAGCACUUUCUGAUCUUAACAAUGUUGGCCCAACACUUGGCAGUAGAGUCCAAGAACAGCUCGCAAGGGAAGUCCGCCCUGCACUUGAUGCAGCCCUGACCAUAGCAGGAGUCAAAGUGGAAAGGGCCAUUAAAGCUAUUAGAGAAACAAAGGAGGCGCUGGAGAAUGUAAGUGUUUCCGUGGAGGUCUUGCAGGAAGGAACUGAGAGGCUGCAUGGCAACCUGACAGAAGUCAAAGGACACCUGAUGAACACACUUAAUGAUUCGGCCUGCACAGCUGUUCAGGCUGCUUCAACUUGCAAUAUCAUUAGGAAUUCGUUAAAUCAACUAGACAUCAAUGCCAACUUCAGCAAGUUGCCAGGAGUUAGCACUCAGCUUGCCAAGGUCAAUGAAGUCCUUAAAAUAGACCUCUCCAGUCUGGUUCAAAAGGGCUAUGCAGCAUUUAACAAUACUCCAGAUUUAGUACUUGAUCAAACAAAGAACAUUUUGGCAGCUGUACCUUAUAUAAAAAAUGUUCUGGAAGCUGUUGGUUCAAAUAUCACAGCCUUUACUAAAAUGCUUCCUGUCCAGAAGGUACUGGCAGACUUCACAAUAUAUCUUACCCAGGGUGAGGCGUACGUUCAGGAUCAUUUUCCAUUAGUGGAGCAAUAUGAUUUCUACAGAUGGCUGGGUUGCUUAAUUCUCUGCUGCAUGGUGAUAUUGAUCCUUGUUUUUUACUAUCUGGGACUACUAUGUGGUACCUGUGGUUAUGACAAAAAUGCUACUCCAACGACAAGAGGCUGCAUCUCGAACACUGGAGGGAAUUUCUUAAUGGCUGGAGUUGGAUUCAGCUUCCUCUUCUCUUGGGCUCUGAUGCUAAUUGUAAUGAUCACUUUCAUUACGGGUGGAAAUGUGGAGAAGCUUAUCUGUGAGCCAUUUGAAGACAAGACUUUAUUCAAAAUUUUGGACACUCCUUACUUGUUGAAUCGCCACUGGAAACACUAUCUCUCGGGCAUCAUUCUAAAAAAUCCAAAUAUUGACUUGACAUUUGAAAAAGUUUACAGUGACUGCAAAGAAAACAAAGGCAUUUAUACCACACUUCAACUAGAAAACAUCUUCAAUAUCCAUGACAUUCUGAAUGUUAGCAUGUAUGCAGAAGACGUGUCACUUAAAAUCAGACAUAUUAAUGUAAAUCUGAGCAACAUAGUCUUGUUGGAUGAAAUUGGAAAGAAAAAUCUUUUGGAUUUUAGUGCUUCAGGAAUAAAUGAGAUAAACUUUGCAGCAUACCUGGCAGAGAUCAAUAAGAGUGUUACCAAAGUGGAUCUCUUGUCCUUUGCUAACGAUUUAGAAGCAAGAGCAGAUCAACUGCCUAAAGGAGCACUGGAAAAUGCCUUGAAAGGACAUGCAAAUAAUAUCCGAAUGAUACAUAGUCAGCAAGUGGUUCCAUUGGAGCAAGCAAUGACUGUCAAGAAAUAUGUUAGAGCUAGGAGCACUUUAAACCAGAGCAUAAGGCUACUCCAAAAACUCUCCUCAGAACUUUCGGGGAAGGUGAAAAAUGUGAUUGGAGCAGUUGAUUCUGCUCAAAAUAUUAUAAACAAUAAUGCUUCAUCAGUUAUUGUUCAGGAAACAAAGAAGUACAUGGGUACUAUAAUAGGUUACUUUCAGCAAUAUGCGGAAUGGGUGAAAGAAUCGAUUACCAUGGAAGUGGCGACAUGUAAGCCCAUUGCCAAUGUGAUCGAUACAGCCGUAGAUAUAUUUUUGUGCAGCUAUAUAACAGAUUCUUUGAAUGCCUUCUGGUUUGGUUUAGGGGGCUGCUCACUAUUUCUAAUCCCUGCCAUCAUUUGUGCUAUAAAACUAGCCAAAUUCUAUCGUAGGAUGGAUACAGAAGAUGUAUAUGAUGAUGUUGAAUCUAUGCCCAUGAAAAAUUUGGAAAAUGGUAAUAAUGGUUAUCAUAAAGAGCAUUUAUAUGGUAUACACAAUCCAAUUAUGACAAGCUCUGUGGAACAGUGGUAGCACAUAUUGGAAAUGUCAAGGCCCGUGGAAAGAGUAAUUCAGAUUCUCCUCUGAGAAAACACCAUCUUUCCAAUCAGCGUUGAACUCUGAAUAUUCAUCCUUCUUGUUUAGGGCCUGCACAGUGAAUUAUUCUCAAUUAUUUGCUAUUUUGUACCACUGAAACCUGAAAUUAAUGGUUUCUAUUCUUGCUUUACCACACCAUUUUUCAGUUGAGGUUUCUGUACCAUAUGUUCAUAAUAAUUUGAGUAAACAGGGCUGUCUGGGUUUUAUGUUAACUAUUUUGUCUGUUUCGUUUCAGAUUAACUGCCCAUUUGCAAUUACUCAGUUUUUUCUUAUAAUACCUAGAUUUAUUACUGCAAUACGUAAAAUGUGUUUACAUGAAGAAUACAUUAUCUUUGCAGACACUUUUGUAUCUGUGUUUUUUACAGCUGUCUUACAGCAGAUUUUUAAUACUAUUUGUUAUAUACUUCACAAGAAACCUAUUCAGCAUGAUCAAUGUUCCUUUGGUGCUGUUAGAUGGCCACCAUUGACUGGUUUGUUCUUUCAAAAAUGGAAACCAGUCUUUCUUAUUUUCAGAAAAUUUAAUGUCAUUUUUUUCCGGGUGAUAAUUUAAUAUGCCAUGUCACUAAGACCAAAAGUGUAUUUUUUUUCUUAAAUCAGUUAGUAUUAAACAUUGUGACCUAAUGUGAAAAUGAAAGAUAAUUUUAAAAAUGUCUUCCUUAGAAUCUGAAUAAAUAUAGUAUGUCAGGUCAAAAGGACCUAUUCAGGACAACUGCAAAUAGUAUACUAUGUGUAAUGAAUGGAAGACAGCACUUUAAUUGCUGUCUCUUGAUCAUACAUGCCUAGAUAUGCCCAACAUUCCCAUGUACAUCAUUUACAUGUGUAUGAGAGGCAUUGGCUUGGGGAUACAUGUAUUGAGAUGUAGGUAUAUCAGUGUACCUCAUCUUAGAUUUCAGGUGAAAGUGACACAUAAUUCCAUGUCCACUUAGUUUAUUAAGUUUGGCAAAGAUGUGAGACUAGGCCCCAGAUUAACAAGCAUGGUUCCUCUGUCAUGGCCUCUUUAUAUAUUACUUGUAAACUGAAUUUUUGAAAAAAAAAUUGCCUAUAUUUUGUGAAAUGUUAAAGGAGACUGUAGGACAAUUUAGAGAACUGUUGCAUUCCAUUUUCCUUGAAAUUGGGUGUAAGAGUUGUGAACAGAAUUAAUUUGUCUGACUAAUUUGUCUGACUAAUUUGGAAAGGGUGCUCAAUGCAUUUUUUUUUAAAAAAAUACAAUGUCUUCUCGAUGUUUUGACAUUGUAUUUCUUGAAAAUAUGAAUCAGGAGGAGAUACUAAAGUAUAUUAAGGCCACUGGUUUUUUGGCUGUUUGACUGUAAAGAAGCUCCUUUAAUAGAGUUUUGUUCAAGAAUCAUUCCUGAUUUAACAUCUGUUCAAUUAUGUAAUGUUUACACAUCAGCUAUCCAUUCCAAACAUUAUCAGCAACAUUAAUUUGUGUCGUGCUUCAUUAAGUGGAAAUACUUUUUUCACAAUGUGGGGAAAAUGCCAGCUAUGCAGCAGCUCUCAAAUUGAACAGAAGCUGGUGUUACAUGGGAUCGAAGAAGUUUUUUUCACUAAUAGGGGAAAGUGAUUAUUCCUACUCUCCAAUAUGCAGAAUUCCUGUGUGUGUGUGUGUGUGUGUGUGUGUGAGAGAGAGAGAGAGAGAGAGAGAGAGAGAGAGAGAGAGAUUCAAAAUUGUAGAUUUUAAUAACUUCCUAUUUUAAACUUGGCAAUGUCCUGAAAUCAUUCAAAUAAAGUGAAAUAUUGAUUAA